CACUUCCGGUUCCGCCGCGGGGCGGGCUCAUAAGGCCUGACAGAAACCUUAGGGAGGUUAGGUCUCCGGACCGGGCGGCCUGGCGAGACAAUGGACCGAAAGAAAAAGCCUUUGGACGUUACAGCCUCCUCGUUGGUAGAUCUUAAGGCUGAGCUCUUCCGAAAACAAGAAGAAUUCAAACAAGAAAAACUUCUAAAAGAUUCUGGAGUUCUUGGAAAACCAAAGACAACUAAUAAGAAGCCAAGUAUCUGGACCAAGCAGAAUUCUGGUGUUUCCAGUCGAGCAGAGAAGGAUGCUGAACAGAAGCUUGAGGAGCAGAAGACUUUAGACAAAGCAAGGGAAAAAUUGGAAGAAAAGGCCAAAUUAUAUGAAAAGAUGACUAAAGGAGAUUUUCCAGAUGAGGAAGUGGAGGAUAUGUACCUUGUGGAUUUCACACAGAAGAUCAUAGACAAGCGAAAAGAAAUGGAGGUGCUCGGUGCCACUAGAGAUUCUAGAAAUGCAGAAGAGAGAGAUGAUGAAGAAGAGUUUUCUGAAAAAGACAUACCUCCUCCCCAAGACCCCAGCGAGGAAUGGGUGGAUUAUGUGGACUCUUUGGGCCGAUCCCGGCGCUGCAUGAGAAAGGAUUUACCAGAUCUAUUGGAGAUGGAUAAAAAUCUUCAGGGAAGACUUUUCGUUAGUCCUGCUAAUGAAAAAACUUUAUUAUCUGAAGACAUGAGGAAAGAGCUUCAGCGCCAGCAAUGGGAGGAAGAAGAAAGAGAGGCCCUGAAAAAGCCAAUGGGGCCCAUCCAUUAUGAAGAUAUUCGGGAAAAUGAGGCCCGGCAACUUGGUGUUGGGUAUUUUGCCUUUGCUCGAGACAAAGAGUUGAGAAACAAGCAAAUGAAAACUUUAGAGAUGCUUCGUGAACAGACAACAGAUCAGAGAAUAAAACGAGAAAACAUAAAAGAAAAGCGAAAGGCUAUGUUAGAAGCAAGACUUGCCAAACUUCGACAAAAAAAAAUGAAAAAAUCAAAGGAAGAUGGGACUGAAGAAGAAAACAGAGAUGGAGAUGUUACUGAGCUUUCGCCAUCAGAACCAAAGACUGUACCUGCUCCAACCCCUGUGGUCCAGAACAGCAAGGUAGAAGUCAUCAUCCAGGAGAGGAAGGAUACCAAGCCUGGAGUGCCACACAUCCGAGAGUGGGACCGAGGAAAAGAAUUUUCCUUUGGAUACUGGUCGAAGAAGCAGUCAGAACUCCGGGCUGAGCGAGAUCCUGAGUUUGCCCCACCAUCGAAUUACUUUGUGGGUCAAAAAAGAACUGGUCCUUUCAGUAGCCAGCCAUGGAGCAGACUGGGAUCAGCACCGAGUGACUUGGGGCAUUGCUCUGGCCAGAGCCAGGAGCCCAGCUCUUCACACACAUCCACUUCUGCCCCUGAAAACCCACCACAAGCAUCCACAGUCACUUUCCAAACACUAGAUGAUAUGAUAUCAUAUUAUAAACAAGUCACAUGACCUUGAAAAGCAUGCUGGUUGCAUUUGUGUCAUCAGAAGUCAGGACAGGACUGAGUUUUACGUCUUUCUUCCUGUCCUUUCCCUAGGAUGCACAGGCUUGAGGCCAGAUUAGUUGGCAGGGAGGAGUGAGUGUUCCCAUGGGAGCUCAUUGGCUACUUGGCUGUUCAUUUUUUAUCGCUUGGUAUAGAGGGAACUUAUCUCCUCUCCUCCAUGCUGACCUAGUUGUAACUCAUUUGGAUUUCCAGGUGUGUGAACGGUAAAUACUAAUCUGAAAUUUGAUACUGAGGAACUUGUUUCUUUUUUAGACUAUUUUAUGUGUAUUAAUUUUUUGCCUUCAUGUGUAUAUGUGCAACAUGUGUGUGCCUGGUGCCCAAGGAGGUCAGAAGAGGGCAUUGGAUACCCUAGACCUGGACUUAUGGAUAAUUGUGAGCCACCAUGUAGGUGUUGGGAACUGAACCCUGAUCCUCUACAAGAGCAGCCAGUGCUCUUAAUUACUGGUCCAUCUCUCCAAGGUGGAUAUAACCCUGCUGAGGAGCUUAUAAUCCUGCUUCACAAACACACUCACCCAUAACUUCACUUACAGAGCUCCAUUCAUGCUAGCAUGCAGGUGUCUACUCCACAGAUUCAAUUUCCUGAACAGAUGAUGGAGCAAUAUCAGGAGUUUUUACCUGUCCAACAGGCAAAUAAGGGUCUAUUAUAGGAGGCAAAGUGGAAAAAGGAAGCUGGUAGAAUACUAGCUAAGCAGUCACAUCUGAAGCCAUAAAGUCAGAAAGAGCACCUACAGUUCAGAGAGGUAAAAGUUGAUUGUUGAUCUGUGUCAACAUGUUACUCAGUUACCUACAUCCCUGUCUAUGCAGACAUCUGGAGUUGUGCUAAAUUACUUGCGCAUUCCUGAAGGCCGCUGAGCCUGGUUAGAAACCAAUGCUCCUUAGUUUUACCAAUUAGAGCUUUGACCUUGUCUUUCUCUCCUGCCUUACUGCCUCCUAGUGCUUCCAUUGCUUGAGGCUUCUUGACUCUGUAGCCUGAGUGGGUCAGACUUGGACCCCGUUGUAGGUAGGUCCUUGCCUGUAUCCUUAUUGAAUGGGGAUGUUUGGUGCACAGGAAUCCAAAGGACAUCACUCGCUAUGUAGGUGUGUUCAGAAGAUUUGCCCAUGCAACUGUAGACAGGCAGUCAUGAGUUGGCCACCAAGCCUUUGGGAGCAGUGGGUCCUUUCCAACUCAAGGGAAGUCUCUGCAAUGCCCUGAAGGAAUAGAAAGAGGAGUUGAGGGAAGACCUUACCUCUUUGAGGGUCUCCUUGAUGGCUUUGUGUCACAUAGCACUGCAUUAUGAGUUGCAGUGCCUGGUUCUUCCUGUGAUGACCUACUGGAAUAUGGAAUGGGUCAACACCUGACUCUAGGUCAUGUGGCAUCUAAGUGUCAGGUCCAGGACUUAAACAACUUAUAUCUAAGCUCUAGACUCAUGCUUUUUCUAGUACCUUCUGUUCCCAGUCUUCUUUCCCAGUAUCAAGAAAGUUUAGAUAAAUUCCAUUCUUCGAAAAUUACCUCUGAGCUCCACUAUUGUUGGUUGUUUUUCACUCUUUUUUGGGGGGCCCACCAGCCAGCUCCCUAAUAAAUUCACACACGGAUGAAGGCUUAUUAUUACUUAUGAAUGUCCAGCCUUAGCUUGACUUAGUUUCUAACCAACUCCUUAUCUUAAAUUGUCCUGUCUACCUUUUGCCUCUGGGCUUUUCCUGUUACUUCCAUAAAUCUUGCUCUUACUCCGUGGCUUGCUGGUUGUGUAGCUGGGUGGCUAGCCCCUGAUGUCCUCCUCCUCUUCUGACUCCUCGAUCUUCCUCCCAGAUUUCUCCCUCUAUAUAUUCUCUCUGCCUGUCAGCCCUACCUAUCCUUUCUCCUGCCUUGCUAUUGCCCAGUUCUUUAUUAGACCAUCAGGCACAGUAACACAGCUUCAUAGAGUUAAACAAAUGCAACGUAAACAAAAGUAAUACACCUUAAAAUAAUAUUCCCCACCACUCCACAGCAAAGGGAAAGCUAGACAUAAUGUCAUCCUGUCAGUCUCCUCAGGCAGAUAUAUCUUAAUAUACAUCAAAACUCUAACCUAGCUUUUUUUUUUCUCUCAGAAAUAACAAAUGCAUCCUAAAAUUCAUAUGGAAAUGCCAGGGACCCAGAAUAGCCAGAAAAAAGUUGGAGGACCAAACUUCUUAAUUCAAGACUUACUGCAAAGCUAUCACAGUACAAAUGGUGUGGUACUGGCACAAGAACACAGGCACAUAUGUCAGUAGGGUAGAAUAGAACCAAGGGUUUGUGGGCAGUUGGCUCUUAAUGAGGGUGCCAGAACUAUCCAGUGGGAAGGAAUGCACAUUUCACAAUUUACUGUCCAGGGCAAAGCAAUGAGUUUAGACUUUGGUCUGAAACCAUAUGUAAAAGUCAACUCAGGAUGAACCAGAGACCCAAAAGUAAGGGCUGAAACUAUAAAAUCAGCCAGCAGAAUGAAACAGCUUAGAGGAGAGAAAAAAAGAAGUAGAAUUAGUAGACAUGGCACAACAAUUAGCCAAAGCAGAAAAGAGUCAGGUAUGGUAGUGCACUCCUUUAAUCCCAGCACUCAGGGAGCAGAGGUAAGUGGAUCUCAAUGAGUUUAGGGCUAACCUGGACUGCAUAGCAAGCUCUAAGCAGAAUAAAAGGAAAACAAAUGAUGUGAAUGCUGGAAAGAAAGUACAUUUGUAAUGCAGAGCACCAAGAAGAGAGUGUGGUGGGAUAGGGAGGAGAAGGCAGGAGGGCAGCCAGGCAGUAGUGAGCCUUGAGUGGGCCAGUGGGCAUGGGAGGACCCAGCAACCACAAGCCCUGUGGUGGGCAGAAGCAGUCAAGUACAACCACUCAUCACUGUCAACUAGUAACUGCAGGCCAUAUUUUCUCUGGGAUUUUGAAGACUGUAAGUCUCUUUUUAUCCCCUCUUUAGCACAUCAAUUAUAAAGCUUUUUGGCAAGCCAGCUUAUCUUCGUGUUUCAGUCCCUUAGAUCAAGCAUGAAAUCCACUUGAGAGAGUUGUUUCUCGUGGACUAGUUUUGUGUGAGGGUGUCCAGCAGAUGUCAGCAGACUCCUGAGAGUGCAGAUCCCUGCUCUCAGUGCUGGCUUCCUAGGGAUGCACUGAGAAGGGUCACUUUCAGUUCUGUUUCUUUCCUUCUUGGGAGACAGUUUCAUGCUGCUCAAACUUGAUGUGUAGCAGAAAUGAUCUUGCACAUUUUGUAGUUUAUGCAGUUUCAUACAUGUAUGUAUGUAAUGCAUUCCUUUUCCCCUCACCUUCUACCCUUAUUUCCUUCCACCCCUGUCAACUCCUCCUUUUUCUCACAAGCCCUUUUUUCACAUUCUUUUCAUUUUGUUGUCCUGUGAUCCACUGAUUUUAUCUGAGACUGUGACUAUGAGUUUAGUGCUGUCUCUUGGAACCUGGACAAUGACAAUGACUUUUCCCCCAGAAUCCGUUGUAGCCAGUUGUUCAGCAAGGAGAGGUGGGGCCCCAUGAUCCUCUCCCAAGUCAAUGAUUGCUUCUUGACAGUUCAGUCCUUUGGAGGUCCCGUGCAGGUAGUUGAAACUGCUGUGAGAUUAUAUGUGCUGUGUCAUGUGUGCAGUGACUGUGUUGUGCCCUGAAGAUGGCAUUUCACAGUCCUCUCUGUCUUCUAGCUUUUACGUACUCUGUUCCUUUUCCUGGUGUUCCUGAGCCUAGAGGGAUGGGCACUCAGCCAUCACUUGUUCCCAGAACCUUGAGCACCAUGUGGUGGAAUGCCUAGUCACAGAGAGACCAAAGUGUCAAUAUUGCAUUUCUGAUCCCCUGUUUGUGCCUCCAUCUCCAGAGUGCUAGGAUUACAGGUGUACACUAUCAACAUCUGGUGUAUGCUUGCUUUGCUUGGAAUCUAACCUGGGGCUUUUGUGCAUGUUGGAUAAGCAUUCUGCCAACUAAACUACAUUCCCAGGCCAUUUUAGCUUUGUUAGAACCAUAUUUAAAAAGUGAAAUUAUUUUUUUCUAUUGAGCUUAAUAUAUCCAGAACAUCUCAGUACAUAGUCAGGAUACAAGCACCAUGAAGAGAUACUUUGUUUCCUUUUUUUUUUUCUUUUUUAGAAUUGGGGGGGGAUUUUUUUUUUUAAGGUUUUUUCUAUUUUUGGACAGAGUCUCUAAGUAACCCUGGCUGUCCUGAAACUUGCUAUGUAAACUAGGCUGGCUAUACACUCAGAGAUAAGUCUGCUUCUACCUCCCAAGUGCUUGGAAUAAAUAUGUGCACCACCACACCCACUUUUGUUUUUAUGUGUAUGUUUGAGUGCCUGCAUGUAUGUAUGUGUACCGUGUGUGCCUGGUGCCCUCAGAUGUUAGAAGAGGGAGUCAUCUGGAACUAGAGUUACAGGUAGAGCUGCUAUAUGGGUGUUGGGAACAGAGUCUUCGGUAAGAAUAACAAGCACUUAGAACUGCUAAGCCCUCUAUUUUCAUAUUUAGUCCCCAGAGUGCACUGUAGCCCACAAUGUAGCUGGGCUUGCAUACUCAGUUUUCACCAGAAACGCUAUCUGUAUUUAGAUGUCAUAAAGCAGUUGAAAAAAAUUAAAUUCAUAUCCAAGUUGUCCCAUACACGUAAGUUUUCUGAUAAUUGAAUUGAGUGAAAUUUUAAACUUAAGAAUUUUUGUUGGUAUGUUUUUUGAGAUUUUGGGUUUUGUUUUGUACAUGCUUGUCAAAUGCACUGUCACUGAGCUACAGCCCCAGCUUCAAUUUUUAAGUAUAAAUUUUUGUUAUUGUGUGUAUAUUUGUGUGUGGAAUGUACAUGCCACAGCAUGCAUGUGGAGGUCAGACAACUUGGUAGAGUUGGUUCUCCUGGUCUACCUUUACAUGAGUUAGUUCCAGGUUCAAAGUUAGGUUGCCAGGCUUGCUAGGCAAGCACCUUGACUCAGUUGUCUGGCCCUCCUUCCCUACCAGUUUUAAAUUUGAAUUAGUGAAAUUGAAGUUUAAUUCCUUUGCUGUGUUAGCCUCUUUUGAGUAGGACUGCUCCAAAUGAUCAUUGUUGGUUUUGUGGCCCCUGUACAUUGUAUUCCUAUUAGUGACCAAAGGGUUGGCAAAUUAGUUUCUUCUAGGUGUACAUCCAAGACAUUCGGUGACUGUCUAACUUGGGAGCAGGAAGUAGUGAAACCUACAGAAGAACAUCCCUGUGUUUCAUUGGUGCCUUGGGAGAGCAAAACAGACAUUUGAGAGGAGACUGCUUUGAGUUCCUUGUUUUCACUGUAACCUCUUCUCUGGGCCUUGUGUGUAUUGGUGUAGUUCAUUUGAAUUGGUGCAGUGAAUCAUUCUGCUAGCCUGCAGAAUUCCCAAAGGAGAAUAUUCAAAUCCAUAUACAUGAGAUGCCUGCUGCACUUAGCUAUAUAUUUGCCAGAGACUUGGGUCAUUCCCCUGGGUUGCUGUUCAGCUGGCCUGGUUGUGACAUACAGAUGAGGCAAUGGAAUUUAGAAUCUGGAAUGGGGGGUGGGUACUGGUCUUUACAGUUAACACAACAGGGUAGCCACAGCAUAUGUGGCUCAUUUCCUUUUGAGCCAGUGAGGCAAGCUGAGUCAGUUAUAUGUCAGACUGAUCACAUAAAAUGCUACAUAGCCAAGGUGAGUGAGGAUAUUGAAAAUGACUUGUUGACUUGGAAAUGGUGAGAGGAGACUCAUGUUGGCUGGCUCUGAGGACUCAUGUGACUGGUUGAGGCUAUGGACAUCUGCCUCUAUGUUUGAAGAGUGGGCAAGUGUGGUGCAUGUGUUACUGGUGAGGACUUCAGUGUGGUGGGGUUGAUGUUAAUGUCUGGGAAACUGGAAAGUCAAGAUGUUCAUGUGAAACCAUGUUUUCUUAAGAACCCAUGCCCCAUGCUGGUGUUGGCAGUGCAUGCCUUUAAUCUCAGCACUCAGGCAGGCAGAUCUCUGAGGCUACCCUAGUCUACAUAGUGAGUUCCAGGUCAGCCACAGUUAUUCAGUGAUAUGUGGUCUCAAAAACAAUUAAAUUAAACAAACUCUGACCUCUGGUAGAGCAUUGGUGCUCUGCAGUAGUUUCUUAUAUCCAGGUGCACAUAUGUGUGUACUGUAAAUGAGUGUCCACCAAUAGGAGCAUUUAAGAUCUUAUUUCCUUUUCACUCUCAUUUAAGUUUCUCCCUCCCCUCCUUUUUCACUUAAAUCCAUUUUUAACUGCCGUGUUUUCCCAUGCUCCAAAAGCCCACAUGCUUUUGUCAGUGUGGCCUGGUUUCAAGCAUUUUCUCCAGGCUAUACUUUGUCCUCUUCUGUGUCUUAUUCACUGUCAGCAUUAAGCUGCCCUGAGCUGGAGCAUGGUCUCCACCUUUCCUUCCUCACCUGCCUCACCCUCUUCACCAUUCCACAGUCAUUGUGGUUGCGGUUUUGUGAAAAGACCUGACUCUGCCUCCCUACAUGGUCUUAUGGUUUACAGGUACUCUGACAGCUGUGCAGGACAUGUGGUUUCUUGUUUUCCAGCCACAGAUAAUCUGUACUGUUAAGUCUUUCUCUAGUUCUAUAGAUGCUAUUCUGAAUUUCCAGAGAAUGGUGGUCAGUGCAGUGUGUAAUGUAAGCACCAUGGGACCAGUUUGCUUUCAUUUAAGAUUUCUAAAACUGAGCUGCCCAGUUAUUUUUAGUUGUUGCUUAGUAGUUCAUCAAAGUAACACAAACACAAACACAGGUCAGCGUUCAGACUUAGUAGGAAGGAACCACCAACCAGGGCAUCUUUCAGAUUGAUUUAACAAUUAUUAUCUUAUACUGCCGCCUUCCCUCUGCCUUUGCAAUGUCCCUUUGAACAUCACUUUGAGAAGUGACAUCACUAGGUCACAUGGACAUUCAUUCUUGAUUGUUCCUUUCAGGAAAUUCAUCUCAGUGGGGACUUGUUGACACUGCAGUGGAUGUCCCUGCAGAGGAGCCAGUUAUUUAGAAGUGUUGGCACCCCAGAACUGCAUCACCAGGGUUUCAUGUUGAGCCUUGGCAUAACAUGGAAGCAGACUGCAUACUAUCUCAUCAUGUGUGCUAAGAUGCACUUCUCUGUGUGACCUAUUUUCUUCCGUGCUAGAGAAUUCUCUAGCAUCUCUCUAGAUACCUUUAUGUGCCAGGCAGCUCAGAAGACAGCAGGGAUGAGCAUUUAUGUUCCAUCACCAGAAGCCAUGCUUGUACAUAGGGCAUUCACACCACACGAAUCACCUUCUGCAACCAAACCCUUAUAGGUCAUCUCUAACUAAAACCAGAGGGAACCAGGAAUUAGAGAGGCAGGGCCGGAUGACCUGAGAAAGCCUGCUUUCCUUUUGAGUAUUGUUACGUGCACUUUUACCCAAAUGUGUUCUUGGCUCAGUGCCGCGACAGGGAAGAGAGUGUGUCCUCUCUUUUCAAUCUCAACCCAAAUUUGCCUCUUAUCAUAUGUGCCUUGCUGUUUUGUGGUAUGUGUGCUCACAUCAGUGUCACAAAAAACAGGAGUAAUAUGUUGCACUGUGCUGCCAUGGCUGUGACAACUGUGAUGUCACUAAAUGAUGGGACAUUUCAACUCCAUUAUGACCUGAAGUGCUAAGUAUGCAUUCUGUCAACAUGUGCCCUUGGCAGUGCUACAUGAAAGGUUUGAAUAUACAGUAACUAUAAGCUUUAGUUCAACAGGCAUGAUCCUGUUCCAUCUGUGGCUCUCUCCAGGUCCCCUGUGCCUCAGAGGGCUCUGUUAUUCCAUAAUGUGUUUUUUCUCUCCUAUCUGCUUGGUGCCUUCUUAACUUCAGGGACAUCCUUUGAUCUGCUUUCUUUGACACUUCUUUGGGUGUUAUAGUGGUUUGAAUGAUAGAUGUUCCUCUAUAUUUUCAGGCAUUUAAAUACUUGGCCCCCAUUUUGUGGCACUGUUUGUGCGUCGGGGGGUGCUUAGGAGAUAUGCCCUCACUGGAGGAGGUAUGUCACUGAGGUAGGUUUUGAGAGCUUAUAAAGACUUACACCAUUUUGAGUUUGUUCUCUGCUUGUGGCUUGAGGUUUGAAACUCAAGCUCUAAGCUGUUCCUGCUGUCAUGCCUGCCUGCUGCUAUUCUUCCCCAUUGUGAUGGUGAUGCGUAUCUCUCUGGAACCAUAAACCCAUAUAAACCCCUCCCUCCAUAAGUUGUCUUGGUCAUGGAGUUUUAUCACAGCAAUAAAAAAGUAACAAGUUGGUACCAGAAGUGGGUAUUGCUGUGACAGACCUGUCCAUGCUGGUUUUCUGGAGGAAUGUGGAAGACUUUGGAGCUUUAGAUUCGAAAAGCAGUUGAAGACUGUAAGCAGACCUUACUGGGCCAUCCUAGUUGGAACUUGGAAAACAGUAGUGCUGAGAACUAUGUGGAUUGUGGAGGCCCAACACAAGAGGUUUCAAAGGGGAACUAUUAGCCGGGCGGUGGUGGCGCACGCCUUUAAUCCCAGCACUCGGGAGGCAGAGGCAGGCGGAUCUCUGUGAGUUCAAGGCCAGCCUGGUCUAUAGCGCGAGAUCCAGGAAAGGCGCAAAGCUACACAGAGAAACCCUGUCUCGAAAAACCAAAAAAAAAAAAAAAGGGGGGGGGGGGACUAUUAACAAGUAUGCAAGAUUGGUAUCUUGGCAAAAAUGUGGCUGCUUUCCUAAGAACUUGCCUGAUUAAAUUUAAAAGCCGUGGACUGAUUUCUUUGGCAGAGGAGAUUAAGACCACCUAGUAUUGACUCUGUUGCAUAAUUAUUAGUAACCUUAUAAAAAGAGCAAGUGGAGGAGAAAAAUACAAAAUGUAGUUUGAAGAGAAAAAGAACACCAGGAAACUUAAUGUUGCAGUCAAAUCUUGUGCUGAAAGAGAUAGGAAAGAGAGGUCUGAUCUAUAGUAAAAUAAAGGGAAGAGUGCCCUCGGGGAGAGACUCUAUCUAGCUAAACUUCCAACUUGUGGAAAGAAAAGGUCUAGGGAAUUUUCUGCUCCUAGAAAGGAACAAUAAACAAAAGUACAGCUAAUGUGCCUCAGCGGGGGCCAGGGUUCAUCCAAAUGUGGCAGCUGAACUUGGCAAUAUUGCCUGUGUGGUGCUGGUUCUAAAGUCAUGAAGGAUACACUAGUUAAGAGGUUGUGGAAUCUUCCUCUGUGGUUUCAGAGAGCUGCUGAAGCCAGGCAUUUGGCUGGGGAGUCCCUGUAUGGAAGCCCUGAAAAGCCAUUGUGUGAAGCUGUGGAAGUGAAGCUAGUGUUGCAUUGGAGACCCCAAUAUGUUGGAGAUGCUAGUGCUGUGAGACAUCUGCCAAAGGAGAAGAACAUAGGGAGUGGGACCAGUCUAAGAGCGAGGCAUGCAGCAGAGCUGGAGAGAUGUGACCACAUAAGCUCUUUGAUAUCAGACAUGGAGCUACAGGAUUUGGAGUUUGCCCUGCUGAGUUUUGGUCUUGCUUUGGUCCAGUAUUUUCUUACUAUGCCCUCAGUCAUCCUAUUUGAAAUGGCAAUGUGUGUCUAUGCCAUUGUAUUUUGGAUGUAUAUAAUAUGCUUUUUUAUUUUAGGAGGUUACAGUUGAGAGAUUGCCUUGAGCCUCAAAAGAAACUUUGGGCUUUUAAACAGUAUUGUGACUAAAAGACUACAUGGAUUUUAAAAGUUGGACUGAAUGUAUUUUGCAUUAUGAUAUGGCCAUGAGACUAUGGGGGCCAGGGAGUGAAAUAUGGUAGUUUUGAAUAAUGGAUGUCCCUCUAUAUUCUCAGACAUUCGAAUACUUGGCCCCCCAGUUUGUGGCACUGUUAGGGGGUGUGGCUUAGGGGUUAUGUCAUUGAGACAGGUUUUGAGAGCUUAAAGACUCAUGCCAUUUUCAGAUUGCUCUCUGCUUGCUGCUUGAAGUUUGAAAUGUGAGCUCUCAGCUGUUCCUGCUACCAUGCCUUCCUGCUGCCAUGUUUCCCCAUUGUGACGAUGAUGCUUAUCCCUCUGGAACUGUAAACCCUUCCUUCCAUAACUUGUCUUGGUCAUGGUAUUUUCUCACCUCAAUAGAAACGUAACUAAUACAGAUGUCCAUGGCCUUUGAA